AUGCCUACUACGCCUGAGCCUCCCGAGCCCCCGAACCAGAAAUCUGCUCGUCUUAGCCGAGAUGAUCGACUUCGAAUCUUGACUCUUCGAGAUGCGGGGUUCACAUACCACCAGAUUGCUACGCAGCUGCGACUGACCCAUCGACAAGUUCAAUAUACGUGCCAGUCACAACAAGCAACGCCGAAAAAGCCACGGGGACAGAAACCCAAACUCUCUGAGGAGGAUGUCGAUAAGAUUCUCGAGUUCAUCUGUUCUUCUGAGCGAACCCGCCGCUUGCCCUAUUACAAGGUUAUCCAAGAGCUGGACCUUCCUGUGGGGACAACAGCCUUAGCUCGAGCUCUCGCAAAGCGAGGCUAUACACGAUGCAAGGCUCUUGAAAGGCCGCCUCAAUCUGACUCUAAUAACUCUAAUCAGCAUUCUAAUGCGACUUGCCUUACUUCAGGCUACCAUAAAGGAAUCUACAUGACCCGAAAAGGAGGUGAAGAAUUCGAAAGCUGGUUAUGGACCUCACCUCAAAAAUUGUGGAACGUGUGGGAAACCAAUCCAUGGCUCUUCUCUAGUGCCCUCUGUCUUCUGGAAAAGUGGACAUUUCGAGAGCUUCAGCAAAGAAAAACUCAAUAUCUGAAGACUGCGACGGCGCCAGGGGCGAGCAAGACGGUCGAUUUAGGGCCAGAAAUCCCGACUGGAACAACCGAGGCAACCGUAUUUGAGACGGCCGAGACUUACAAGACAGUCGAGAGAAUCCAAAGCGCCAAAGGCAUCAAGAUAGACGAUCCUAGUGGGCAGCUGCAUGCAAAGUUGGCAGCUGAGGACCCUGAUCGACGGUUGCAGGGAGAGCCAGUAUCUGGGACAUUAGGUAUAGAAGAAUCGACAUCCGGGAUGUCAGGAGAAUUAGAGAUUCCUGCCUACCAGGCAGUGGCACCACGGAAGAUUGUCGCAUUCAAAAUCGAGAAGCUGGACCGGACGAAUGUGAGCAGUUGGAAAGUUCAAUACAAGUUGUUCCUGAGGACACAAGGUUGCUGGAGUGUGGUGGAACAUACGUACAACUGGCGUGGAAAUGCACCCUGGGUCAAAAAGCUCUUAGAGGACCCAGCAUGGGAAGCAUUAGAUGCAAUGGCCAAGUUAUACAUCCUCCAGAAUAUUAAGGUGGAAGAUAAGGCUUCUGUUCUGAGAUUGGAGACAUCUGGAGAUAUGUGGGCCUUCCUAAUGAAGAAAUAUGAGCGACGAACGCAGGUUGAUGUUACCAAUGCAAUUCGGAAGGUAACACGCUGGCAGAUGGAUCCAAAGAUGAGCCUCGAGGGGGCAAUGCAACAGCUGGAUCAAUAUAAUGCGGAAUUAGAGGAUAUUAGCAGCGGGAAGGUGAAGUUUGAUAGUAUGGCCAUUCUUAUCAUCUUCCUGAAUGGAUUGCCAUCAAAGUAUGAUUCUAUGAAGUUUUCGCUUCCGGUCCAUGAGGACCUAACCCGCGGAGUGGUGCUCUCACGGCUCCAACAGCAGGACAGCAUGAUGAGUACCGCCAAAGAGAAUUGGAUUGUCUCUGCAAACCUGACGAAGACGAAUGUCACAACAUGGAAAUCGGAUGUACGGGAGUUUUGUCAGAUACAAGGAGUGUGGGAGGUAGUAGAGCAGACUCUGCGGAGGCAGAAUAAGCCAGAAGAGCUGCAGAAACUACUUGAUCAGCCUUUGUGGGCCUCUCAGGAUGCAACAGCCAGAUAUUAUAUCAUGAAGAGCAUUAAAGAAGAGGAUAUGACUGCAGUUCGGGAUAUGAAGAGCUCAGGAGCAGUCUGGAAAUACCUGAUGAGUCGAUACGAACGAACAACACAAUAUGACACGGUCAGACUGGCACAAAGGAUCACCCAAUGGAAGAAGAACCCUAAGGUUGAUAUUGAGGCAUCUCUCCAACAGUUGGAGCAGUUGAAUGCUGAUCUAUACGAAGUCAGUGACCAGAAGAUUAAGCUCCAUGAGUUGAUGAUACUUGUCAUAUUUCUGAACGGAUUGCCUGAGGAAUACAGUACAAUGAGAGACUGCCUAUUCGGCAAUAUUCCGCUCGAGAGGGGCUUUAUCCUAUCAAGAUUGCAGCAGAAAGAGUUGCAGCUAAGGAACAGCACCAGCGAGAAAACUGGCAAAUCUGCAAACCGAGCUGAGCAGAGAAAAUGCUUCAAUUGUGGCAAAAGAGGCCAUUUGAUACGAGAUUGUGGAGCUUCAAAGGACCUAGAACAGAGCAAUUCCUGGGAGAACCCUCAGGGAAGGAGUCACCGAAAGGGUCAGAGCAGGGCCAGAAUACAUGGAAAUGGCAGAGAUAAGAGCCGGCCGGCAGAGGAACAAUUAGGAUCCUGUUGA